UCUGCGGCUCCGGAGGAUGCGGAUCGCCGGGGAUGCUGCUACUGCCUCUGCGCCGUUCAGACGCUCCGUUCCGCUGUGAGAAGCAGCCAUGGCCUCCGACAGUUGUCUGUUUGUGUGGUCUGAUCAGUGUGUCAUUGUGUGUCCCCUCUCCCUCUCCCUCCUCCUCCCAGUCACCCCAGAGGCCAUCGGCUUUCUGUCGGCGGUGGGCGUCUUUAUCGUGGCCUUGGCUGUUCUCUUCCUCUUCAUCAACAAGAAGCUGUGUUUCGCACGUAUCGGUGGUCUACCGUGUCUGGACCAACCCGGACGCCGACAGAAAGGACGAGCGGGCGUUCGCCAGGGUCUCGUGAACAGUUACGGCGAUGACAACGGCUCCAGCUCCUCUGACAGUGAGGCCGAGAUUCUGAAACAGUUCGAGAUCUCAGUGUCGCGGUCACAGAGUUUCCGCAACUCAGCGGUGAACGGCGGUGAAACGCAGCUGUCACUAAACCAACUGCACAAGUUCACUCGCCUGUCAGACCACGAGGAGGGCAGCACCGAGCCGUCAGACUGCGAAGACGUUGAGGCCCAGACUCAGCAGCGUUUCAAAGACCCGUUAACAGCAGCUGUAGAGGAGAUGGAGAAGGCGUCGUCUCACACCGAGGACAAACCGGCGUCGCUGACAGACAGGACCAGUCUGACCCCCAGUAUGAACCGACAGGCCGCCGACGGCAGCGAGGACACGGAGCAGCCCACUGCGGAUCAGGAUAAGAACGACGCCACGGACAGCUCCUCCACCUGGAGCCCUGAGCAGGAGCAGCCUCCUCUUGAUGAGGAGCCAUCUCAGCCUGUCACCUCCUCCCCCCGGGUCCCCAUCUCCAAAUGUGGAGACCUGGUUCUGUCCCUGGAGUACCGCCCCGACACAGAGAAGGUCCAGGUCUCAGUGGUGGCGGCCCGGGACAUCCCCGACAAGGCCCGCAGCGGCAUGGACUCCUGGCAGGUUCAUAUGGUGCUCCUGCCUUCCAAAAAACAGCGCCACAAGACAUCAGUGCAGAAAGGCUCGCUGCCACACUUCAACGAGACGUUCCGCUUCUCGCGCCUGGAGCCGUCCGACCUGCAGAUGUCGGCCAUCCGCUUCAGGCUGUACGCGCUCGGAGGUCGGAUGUCGAGAGAACGCAUGAUGGGCGAGAAGGUGCUGAGGCUCGGAGGGCUCGACCUGGACGGAGGCAAGAUGGAGACCACGCUGGUUCUGGAGCCUCGGAGCAACAUUAAGAGCGUGGACUCUCAGGUGAGUCUUUCUGCCGUGUCCCAGAGUGACAGCGCCUCGUCCACUCAGUCUCUGACCCACGGCGGCGUCCCCGAGCUGCUGGUCGGUCUGUCCUACAACGCCACCACAGGACGCAUGUCUGUGGAGCUCGUCAAGGGGAGCCACUUCAGAAACCUGGCCAUCAACAGGCCUCCAGAUACCUACGGCCGCUUGUCUCUCCUGAACUCGGUGGGUCAGGAGAUUUCCCGCUGCAAGACGUCGGUCCGGCGAGGCCAACCCAACCCCGUGUACAAGGAGACGUUCGUCUUCCAGGUGGCGCUGUUCCAGCUGUCGGACGUCACGCUGCUGGUGUCCAUCUACAACCGGCGCAGCAUGAAACGCAAAGAGAUGGUGGGCUGGAUCGCACUGGGCCAGAACAGCAGCGGCGAGGAGGAGCAGCUGCAUUGGCAGGACAUGAAGGAGAGUCACGGUCAGCAGGUCUGUCGCUGGCACAUCCUGCUGGAGGCGUAACGCAGCGCUCGGCCGCCGUUUACACCUUUAUUUCAGCCCAUAGUGUCUGUUCAGAGGCCACGGAUUCAAGGAUCUGAACGUUGGCUCAUCAGUUUUUGUUCUAAUGAACCAAAUCGUGCGCUGUUGGAGGUCGAUGGAAGUUUAGACUCAAAACCUUUUGUUGAUGAAGAUGAAAAGAAACCGAUAAAUAAACCUCAAGCAAGGUUACAUCACAAUAAGAUAUUGAGUCUUGAGUCACUUCUCAUUCAUUUUGCAGCUUUUAUUCCCUGGUUUUUAACAUCCAUCAUCCCCCAACAGACGCGGUCCUUUCUUUCUAGUUUCUUUGAAGCCACUCCGUUGUCAGAUAACACGGCUGCAGGUUUGUUUUUCCAGUGAAAGGCUUUAUUAGAAAGUUCACACACAGAUGAGAGGUGUGUUUGUGAGACGCAGGCGCCUGUUAUUUCCUAAUGUGGCUGUUAUUCAACCAGCUGUCGAGUUGAAGGAGCUGCAAACGAAGCAGCGCAGCAGGACGGUUCAGUUCACACCGAGAGAAAACGGUCCUGAAAUCAUAUACCGAGCAUAUCAGAGUCACGUCAUGUUCAAGAAGCGGCCGGUUCAACGAAAACUGUCCGAAUAUGACGCAGGAGGACGUUUAUCUGUGUGUAUGAAAACAAAGAGACUGAGUGAUGGUGGGUUUUGUAAUAUUUAUACAUUUGAGAUCAUUACAAAACCACAUCUAUCAAUUACAGAAGGUGAAACUUCCAUGAAACAUACAGACAUGUUUGCAUCACUUAUACUUUGAUUUCAUGCCAUUUUCUGGAGAUCACAAGUUAAGAAGUUAAGUUGAGAAAACAAACGGCUGAUGUCUCGAGAUGAUGAGAUCAUUUAUCUGUAGAAAACGACUGAUGUGAGCGUUAUCUAUGCAUGAUCUCCGAGGCACAUUAGGAACAGAUUUGUUUGUUGAGAAUAUGAACUGAUUUGCUUUUGAUCUGAAGAUUAACAGCCUGGACGACUGUUCACUUCCGCAGAAAAACAUUCUAUCUGUUUUGAGGAUUAUCCAGGGUAAAUGUACAAGCACACAUAUAAAUACCAGGACUUCUAUUGAUCCUUCUGUUAUUUAUGGUGAUUAUUAGACUGAAUCUACAGGGUUAUGAGGGAUGGGACUGAUUCGUUAUUGAGGUCCCUUGACUUUUUAUCGAUUCCUGUUGAUUCCUGAUCAGUUUAUCACAGAUGUUUUAUUACCUGCAUCUGAACACAGGGUAGAAAUGUUUUUAAAGCUCCUGUCAGACGCACAUUUUCGCAUUGAUAAGAGGAACUGAUCAUCUCGGAAGUGUACGAUUCAGAGAGAUUGAAAAUUGUAUUAUUAUUUAUCUCUAACAAAUCAGACAACAUGGUACAGUGAUUGCAAAUACAUCUAAAAACUGGAAAAACUCUCAUCUCGCAUUUAAAUUCAAUAAAUAAAAUAGCAAAUAAAAUAAAAUGCUAAUAAACACAAUACAAUCGUGUUAAGAAGUUAAAGACUGAGCUAAGAAAGCACACUAGUAAAAUGCAAAAAAAUCUAUAUAAGUAGAUAAAAUAUUGAUAAAAUGUGGUGAUAAAGGCACAAAAAUUAUUUGCUCAGCUGAUUAUAUGUAGAAAAUACCGAGACAACAAUAAAUGCAAAAUUUUGUGAAUGUUUUGCUCCUGUAAAGUACAACUGAAUAAGAGCUGUUACACAUUCUCCAGUGUCAUUUUUUUCCAUCUUUAAUUAUGAGAAACAUCUAAAGAUAAAUGACACAAACUAAACUUUAUGCUUAUUUACUGUCAUGACAAACAAAGCUUAUGUAUCGAAAAUCAGAACAAAAUGGAAAAUCACAACAGAAAUUCACUGAACAUAGAUUUAAUGAUGG